UAAAGGUUGAACAAAACUUAAAAGAAGCAGCGAUUCUAUUCAUUUGAUACUGGACUUGAAACUCCUUUGACCUCAGAAACUGAAGAUGAGGUUGCCAUGGGAACUGCUGGUACUGCAAUCAUUCAUGUUGUGCCUUGCAGAUGACUACACACUGCACGGCCCUGUUUUUAUUCAGGAACCAAGUCACGUAAUGUUCCCUUUGAAUUCUGAGGAGAAAAAGGUGAAGCUCAAUUGUGAAGUUAAAGGGAAUCCAAAGCCACAUAUCAGGUGGAAAUUAAAUGGAACAGAUGUUGACAUUGGUGUGGAUUUCCGCUACAGUGUUGUUGAAGGCAGCUUGUUGAUCAAUAACCCCAAUAAAACCCAAGAUGCUGGAACGUACCAGUGCAUAGCAACAAACUCAUUUGGAACAAUUGUUAGCAGAGAAGCAAAGCUUCAGUUUGCUUAUCUUGAAAACUUUAAAACAAGAACAAGAAGCACUGUGUCUGUCCGACAAGGUCAGGGGAUGGUACUCCUAUGUGGCCCACCAGCCCAUUCAGGAGAGCUCAGUUAUGCCUGGAUCUUCAAUGAAUACCCUUCCUAUCAGGAUAACCGCCGCUUCGUUUCUCAAGAGACUGGGAAUCUGUAUAUUGCCAAAGUAGAAAAGUCAGAUGUUGGGAACUAUACCUGUGUGGUUACGAAUACAGUGACAAAUCACAAGGUCCUGGGACCACCCACACCACUAAUAUUGAGAAAUGAUGGGGUGAUGGGUGAAUAUGAGCCAAAAAUAGAAGUGCAAUUCCCAGAAACGGUGCCGACCGCCAAAGGAACAACAGUCAAGCUGGAAUGCUUUGCCUUAGGAAAUCCAGUACCAACUAUUAUUUGGAGAAGAGCUGAUGGAAAGCCUAUAGCAAGGAAAGCCAGAAGACACAAAUCCAGUGGAAUUCUUGAAAUCCCCAAUUUUCAGCAGGAGGAUGCUGGUUUAUAUGAAUGUGUGGCUGAAAAUUCAAGAGGGAAAAAUGUAGCAAGGGGACAGUUGACUUUUUAUGCUCAACCUAAUUGGAUUCAAGAAAUAAACGAUACACAUGUGGCCAUUGAAGAAAAUGUCUUUUGGGAAUGUAAGGCAAAUGGAAGGCCCAAACCUACAUACAGGUGGCUAAAAAAUGGUGAACCACUAUUAACUCGGGAUAGAAUUCAAAUUGAGCAAGGAAUGCUCAACAUAACAGUAGUGAACCUCUCAGAUGCUGGCAUGUAUCAGUGUGUGGCCGAGAAUAAACACGGAGUUAUCUUUUCCAGCGCAGAGCUUAGUGUUAUAGCUGCGGGUCCAGAUUUUUCAAGAACCCUCUUAAAAAGAGUAACUCUUGUCAAAGUGGGAGGGGAAGUUGUCAUCGAAUGUAAGCCAAAAGCUUCUCCUAAACCUGUUUACACCUGGAAGAAAGGAAGGGACAUAUUAAGAGAAAAUGAAAGAAUUACCAUUUCUGAAGAUGGAAGCCUCAGAAUUGUCAAUGUGACUAAGUCAGAUGCUGGAAGUUAUACCUGUGUAGCCACUAACCAUUUUGGAACUGCUAGCAGUACUGGAAACUUGGUAGUAAAAGAUCCAACAAGGGUGAUGGUCCCCCCUUCCAGUAUGGAUGUCACUGUUGGAGAAAGUAUUGUUCUGCCAUGCCAGGUAACACAUGAUCACUCGCUGGAUAUCGUCUUUACUUGGUCAUUUAAUGGACACCUGAUAGACUUUGACAAAGAUGGGGACCACUUUGAGAGAGUCGGAGGGCAGGAUUCAGCUGGUGAUUUGAUGAUCCGAAACAUCCAGCUGAAGCAUGCUGGGAAAUACGUCUGCAUGGUCCAAACAAGUGUAGACAGGCUGUCUGCUGCUGCAGACCUGAUUGUCAGAGGUCCCCCAGGACCCCCAGAAGCUGUGACCAUAGAUGAAAUUACAGAUACCACUGCUCAGCUCUCCUGGAGACCCGGGCCUGACAACCACAGCCCCAUCACCAUGUAUGUCAUUCAAGCCAGGACUCCGUUCUCCGUAGGCUGGCAAGCAGUCAAUACAGUGCCAGAACUUAUUGAUGGGAAGACAUUCACAGCGGCUGUCGUGGGUUUGAACCCUUGGGUCGAGUAUGAAUUCCGCACUGUUGCGGCCAAUGUGAUUGGGAUCGGGGAACCCAGCCGGCCCUCAGAGAAGCGGAGGACAGAAGAGGCUCUCCCCGAAGUCACCCCAGCUAACGUCAGUGGUGGCGGAGGCAGCAAAUCUGAACUGGUUAUAACCUGGGAGACGGUCCCUGAGGAAUUACAGAAUGGUAGAGGCUUUGGCUAUGUGGUGGCCUUCCGGCCCUAUGGCAAAAUGAUCUGGAUGCUGACAGUGCUGGCAUCAGCCGAUGCCUCCAGAUACGUGUUCAGGAAUGAGAGUGUGCGCCCCUUCUCUCCCUUUGAGGUUAAAGUGGGCGUCUUCAACAAUAAGGGAGAAGGCCCCUUCAGUCCCACCACAGUGGUAUAUUCUGCAGAAGAAGAACCCACCAAACCACCAGCCAGCAUCUUUGCCAGAAGUCUGUCUGCAACAGACAUUGAAGUUUUCUGGGCCUCCCCCAUGGAGAAGAAUAGAGGACGGAUACAAGGCUAUGAGGUUAAAUACUGGAGACAUGAUGACAAGGAAGAAAAUGCUAGAAAAAUACGAACAAUUGGAAAUCAGACAUCAACAAAAAUCACCAAUUUAAAAGGCAGCGCGCUGUAUCAUUUAGCUGUCAAGGCAUAUAAUACUGCAGGGACAGGCCCGUCCAGCGCAACGGUCAAUGUGACAACCAGAAAGCCACCACCAAGUCAACCCCCCGGAAACAUCAUAUGGAAUUCAUCGGACUCCAAAAUUAUCCUGAAUUGGGAUCAAGUGAAGGCCCUAGAUAAUGAGUCGGAAGUAAAAGGAUACAAAGUCUUGUACAGAUGGAACAGACAAAGCAGCACAUCUGUCAUUGAGACAAAUAAAACAUCAGUGGAGCUCUCUUUGCCUUUUGAUGAAGAUUAUAUAAUAGAAAUUAAGCCAUUCAGUGAUGGAGGAGAUGGCAGCCCCAGUGAACAAAUUCGAAUUCCAAAGAUAUCAAAUGCCUAUGCAAGAGGAGCCGGGCCUUCUACUUCGAAUGCAUGCACACUGUCAGCCAUCAGUACGAUCGUGAUUUCCCUCACAGCUAGGUCCAGUUUAUGACAAAAGUUAUCUAAAGGACUUGCUAUUUAUAAUAUAAGCAACAUUUAGCUAGUUGUUUUGAAGACACCCAGUACUAAGUAAUAUUGUUGUUCAAGUACAUCUUAUUACUGGAAAAAAAAAUGUUUUUUGCUUCUUUAGGAAUGGCAUUAUACAGUACUUCCUCAAAGCAAACCUAGCUUUGUCUGAAGUUUCUUUGGAAACUCUGCAAUGCACUGAAGACAUCUGUAAUAUGAUGUUACCAAAGCAGUUUACAUAUGUCCUUAUAUGCAUAUUUUUUAUUAUAUAUUUAGUGUUUUAUAGAAUUUUUUAAAGUUAACAUGAAAUGUAGAUAUUAAUUUUUUCCUCUGCUGUAAAAUGCUAUGGGCAACACAAUCAUACAAU